UCUUCGUUUAAUCAUCGAUUAUUACAAUCUCUCCUUGUCUAUAAAACAUCGCUGUCUUUUUGGCAUUUCUUGGAUCAACCAACAGGAAAUAAAGAUGAAGAAGAUAACAUGAAAACACUCUCUUUUUCUAUCUUUCAGAAAAUAAAUUCCAGCUUUCUGCACUUCCUGAUCAACGCAAUCAGUGAUUGAAACAGAGACAACCAAAGGAAAGCAGAGAAUGAUGAAUGCUCAUAGAAACUCUCCAAAAGCUUCUCCAGGUAGAAUAUCUACCACCUUGAAGCACCUAUUUGAUUUAGAUUCAAAAAAUAAUAGUAACAAACUCUCUUCUAGUCCCAAAAUUGUCAGGCAGUCUUCUUCAGAUCCUGAAAGUGAAGGAAUCCUGUCUCUUAUAUCUCAUUGUUCUGUAAUCUACACCUUCACUGAUCCUCUAGAGUCUCCUUCUCAGCAAGAUAUCAAGAGAAACAAGCUCAUACAGCUCCUUUCUAUAGUAAAAUCCCCCAAAAUGUCACUUCCUGAACAAACUCUAUCCCCUCUUGUAAACAUGAUUUCGGCCAACCUCUUCCAGUCUCUACCUCCGUCUAACAAUAAUGCCAUCACCGCAGACUUACUUGAAGAUGAAGAAUUUGCUUCUGCUCUUUCACCCACAUGGCCACAUCUGCAACUCGUUUAUGACAUCUUGCUGAGGCUAGUCCUCAACGUGGAUCCCAAGGUACUCAGCAAUUAUAUCGAUCAAUCUUUUCUUACCAAUGUGCUAUGCCUCUUUCAGUCUGAGGACCCUAGAGAACGUGAGAGUUUGAAAAACGUUUACCACCGGAUAUAUUCCAGGUUCACCUUCUACCGUUCAUUCAUGAGGAAAUCAAUGAAUGAAGCCUUCUUGCACUAUAUUUUUGAGACUGAGAAGCACUGUGGGAUUGGUGAACUGCUAGAGAUAUGGGGAAGUAUCAUCAAUGGUUUCACAGUUCCACUAAAAGAGGAGCACAAGCUGUUCUUGAUGAGAGUGCUUAUUCCUCUACACAAGACCAAGGGAAUGCAGCUUUACCAUCUUCAGCUAUCUUAUUGUGUAAAUCAGUUUGUGCAGAAGGAGCCAAUGCUAGGUGGGAUUGUGGUUAGAGGGGUGUUAAGGUAUUGGCCUAUCACCAAUUGCCAUAAGGAAGUUUUGCUUAUUGGGGAAUUAGAGGAACUUGUGGACAAUAUAGAUCCUGAUCAUUAUAGAAAGUUGGCUUUGCCUCUAUGCACCCAAAUUACUAGAUGCUUGAACAGUUGGAACUCACAGGUCGCAGAGCGUGCAUUAUACAUAUGGAACAAUGAACAAUUUGUGAAGAUGGCAAAUUCAGCAAUAGAAGAGGUGUUUCCUGUAGUGGUGGAAGGCAUGGAGAAGAACCUGAAGUGGCACUGGAGCAAGAGUGUGAAGCAAUUGACAGAAAAUGUAAAGGCAAUGCUAGAAGAAAUGGAUCCAAGUUUAUAUGAGAAGUGCCUGCAGGAGAUUGGCCACAAAGAAUACCUGGCUCAGCAAGAAGAGGUCAAAAGGAAGAAAAGAUGGGAAAGAAUAGAAUUGGAAGCAGCCAAGAGCCAGUUCCUCCAACCACAGAAGUUUAUAUGUGUUUCUCAUUGAUGAGCACACAAUUAAUCAAACAAAACUAUGUGGUGCCAAUUGUUAAUUUAAAAGAAUCUGACACUAAAGAAAAUUACAUUGUGAAUCAAACAGGUUAUUACUAA